CUCAGAUAUCUAACAAAACUACAAGACAUCAAUCCGGGUCAUACGAAGACAAUGUUUGUCUGAGAAUUUGUCCCCUCUAUUGAGGUGAGUUUUUUCUUCCCUUCAUUUCCUCACAAAGCGGUAGUCAAUUGCGCCGCCUCCAAUCUAUCUCCACAAGGGUUAAUUAUCUCUCUUGUCUUGUAUUUGCGUACCCGUAUGCAAAAUCUCGCCAUUUUCCUGAUUCAUUUACUACAAGGAGUGCACACGUUAAGUCUAAGCAGCGCGAACGGCAAUGAGCCCCAGCGCAUUUGAGACAGGCCCAGCGAGUGGGCCAGGUGUUGCGCUAGAAGCGAAGAAGAAUGACGAUGUUUCGAAUAUCUCUAAACCUGCCAAGAGGCAUGAAGAGUAUCAAUACCUGGACUUGAUCAGGGAUAUUAUGGAGAACGGGGAACACAGGCCUGAUAGAACUGGCACCGGAACAUACUCUAUCUUCGCACCAGCUCAGCUGAAGUUUUCCCUCUCCCGCCCGGCCGACGAUCCGUCACAAGCGCCCAUUCCCGUCCUGCCCCUUCUCACGACCAAGCGCGUGUUCCUCCGCGCAGUCAUUGCAGAGCUGCUCUGGUUCAUAGCAGGCUCGACGUCCUCGAAACCGCUCUCAGAACAGGGCAUCAAGAUCUGGGACGGCAAUGGGAGCCGAGAGUUCCUCGACGCCAACGGUCUCGGGCACAGAGAAGAGGGCGACCUCGGUCCCGUAUAUGGUUUCCAGUGGCGUCACUUCGGAGCGGAGUACGUCGACGCGCAUACGGAUUAUACGGGGCAGGGUGUGGACCAGCUCGCGGACGUGAUCGAUAAGCUCAAGAACAAGCCGUACGAUCGGCGCAUCAUCCUGAGCGCGUGGAACCCCGCCGACCUGAAGAAAAUGGCCUUGCCACCUUGCCACAUGUUCGCGCAAUUCUACGUCUCCUUCGCGACGCCGGGCCACAGGCAGCGGCGCGACAGCUCAGCAGACGGUCCGCGGCCGAAGGGGACGCUGCACUGCAUCCUGUAUCAGCGGUCGUGCGACAUGGGCCUAGGCGUGCCGUUCAACAUCGCCUCGUACGCGUUGCUGACGCACAUGCUCGCCCACGUCUGCGACCUGAUUCCCGGCACGUUGACGCACACCAUGGGCGACGCACACGUGUAUCUGGAUCACGUCGAGGCGCUCAACGUGCAGCUCGAGCGCGAACCGAGAGACUUUCCCGACUUGGAGAUCAAGCGCGAGGUUGGUUGCAGCAUCGACGGUUGGCAGGUGAGCGACUUUGAGGUCAAAGGGUACAACCCUCACAAAACGAUCGCGAUGAAGAUGUCUGUAUGAAAGAAAAAAAAAACAGGGUCGGUACUUCCAGCCUGAACGAUUCAUUACGCAUUAGAUUUUUCAUGUGUAUAUAGUGCUAUGCGACGUUAUGUAUCAUCAAUAGCCCCUGGUCAUGACCAGUCAUCCGGGGAUAAUUUAUUUCCUUUUCG